GAGACAGAGACAGUCCUCCGCCCAGUGUUCCUCCAGUCGUUGUAGCGGAAGGAGGCGGGGAGAGUAGGGAAUGUCUCCGCCAAACCCAUAAGUCAUCUGUGGUCUCGCUUGGCCCGCAGCAGAUCCUCGCGGCGGAAGAGUAGUGCCGUCAGGCCGAGAGAAAGAAGAGCACCAUAACGGAAACCAUGGGAGUGUUUUUACUACUGUUAUAGCGCUCCCCCUGACUGUGACGUACGUCCGGAAGUAGAGAAACUGCAGCACACACACACACACACACACACACAGAGUGUAAUAUACGUGUGCGCCAAGGCGGUGGAGGGCAGUCACGCCAUGCAGAGGUGUGCAAGGAGGCGUACAGCGAGCGGGAGUGUUAUAGUGGCGGUGAUGAUGGUGGUGGUGGUGGUGGUGGUGUUUCUCCCUCCACUUCCAUCAUCUUCCUCCCCCUCUUCUCCCUCCUCUGACUCUUCCUCGUCAUUAUCGUCGUCAUCCUCCGUGAAAUCCCUCCAAGACAGCCUGCAAGCGACCGUCCCGCCUCCUGCCCCUCUUCCACCGUCGCUAAAGGAAAUUUCAGAAGAGUCUUGUCGCCCCCGCCACGACCUGGUGUUCCUCAAGACCCACAAGUGUGCCUCCUCCACUACACAGCGCAUCUUCCUCAGAUACGGGAAGCAACACGGACUGACCCAAGCUUUGCCCAGCACGGGGAACUACUUGGGCUCCCCGCGGCCCUUCAAGGAGUGGAUGCUGCCCCGCUCACUGAGGACUCCUAACGGCAAGUACAACAUGAUGGUGGUGCACACGAGGCUGGAUGCAGAGUCUGUCGCUAAGGUGUUGAGGAAAGACGCUUCCUGGAUUACCAUUGUGAGAGAACCAGUGGCCCAGUUUGAAUCCUUGUGGGGAUACUUUGAAAUGGAAAAGUUCUACAAUAUGCCCCUGGAGGAGUUCGCUGAUCUCCCCUACGAAAAGGUGGUUCGCUGGCGCCUAGCGAAGGUGUACGGUAUUCACCAGAUGUUCUAUGACUUAGGCUACGGCUCGGCGGAGGACCUGACGCCUACCGACAUGGACAGGAUCCUGACGAAGCUGAACUCCACCUUCGAUCUAGUAAUGGUGGCUGAGAGAUAUGACGAGUCCCUGGUGCUGCUGAAGGACCUCAUGUGCUGGACUGCUGACGACGUGGCUUACCUCAGUAUCAACUUCAGAAAGGGGAAGCCUGCCACCAAUAAAAUUGCGCCUGAUACUCGGGAAAAGUUAUUGCAGCUUAGUUAUCCAGAUGCUAAAAUCUACGAGUAUUUCCUUAAGGUCUUUGAGAAGAAAGUAGAAGCAUUUGGGCGUGUGAGGAUGGCGAAGGAGCUCGCGGCGGUACAGGAUGCCAACAAGAGACUAGCGGAGAAGUGUGUGGUGAAUGAGGACAGUCCGCUGCGGGCUGAGAAGGGCAUGGAGUGGGUGGGAGUGGUGGGCAGGGUGACGGUGCGUCGAGACGUUCAGGAUUGUGUGGAUGUCGUCCGUACUGAGCACGACAUGCUGAACGACGUGAGGGACAGGCAGAGGCUGUGGGUAGAGAGGGGGUGGCGGGGCAAUCUCUCUCAGGUGGUGGUGUCCCCUAGGUGA